AGGUUUUCAAAGAAUGAUCAACAGAAUUUACAAUGUCUGGUGAGGAAAUGGGAGGCUGAAUAUACAUUGGAUACUUUUUUUUUAAGACUGGGAUCAGAUGGUAAACAAAAAGAAAAAAGUAAUGAUGAUGUUGAGGAAGUUCCCCAGUUUCUUUUUGUUCAUCAAUCGGAAACACAGAAGAGGCUUCUAAAUAUUUAUGGCCAGGAGAUUUGCUUGUUGGAUGCAACAUAUAAAACAUCGAGAUAUGACCUUCCUCUGUUCUUGGUUUGCGUCAAUACAAAUGUUGGAUAUAGUGUUGUAGCGUCUUUUAUAGUUGCUAAUGAGAAUCGCUACACCAUUCAAGAGGCACUCAUUAAAUUGAGAGAUUGGAAUCCCAUGUGGAAGCCCAAAUAUUUCAUGUGUGAUUUUGAUUUGAGAGAAAUUUGGGCGCUUGAACAAACAUUUGAAGAUUAUAUCCUCUACUUGUUGGUACGUAUGAUUUGGUUUAAUGGUGUAUCUUUGUGACUUCCAUAGGGAACAAGCCUGGCACAGAUGGCUAAGAGAAAUUAAGCAUGAUUGCAUUGAUGAGAAAGAUGAAAUUAAAAAAAUGUUAAGAGAAAUAGCUGAUGCUGAUUCUGCAGAGUCAUAUGCAAAUGCUUUGCAACAAUUAAGAAGCAGUGAUAUUUUCAAGGCAAAGGUCUCCUUGAGAAAUUGGCUCGAAAACAAAUGGCUCCUGAACUGCAAGAGAUGGUCAAAACUUUUCAGAAAUUCACUCUUUAACAUCAGAGUGAAUACAACCAAUGGCCUUGAAAGACAACACAAAGAACUCAAGGAAAACUACUUGACAGAGUAUAUAGAUAAAUCUCUGUCAAGUAUGGUGACAUCAUUGGUAACCAAAUACUUACCAGAUAGUUAUGAGAGGUAUAAAGAAUACAACAUUCAGUCCUUGGAUAACUAUAGAAAGUAUUCUAAUGAUGUUCCAGAGUUUUUAAGAAGCCGUCCAAGAAAAUUUGUUGACCAUUGUUUAGCCAGAAUUCCACCUGCGGCUACACUGAUCCCCAUUGAAAAUAUGGAAGAAGUUAACCAUGAUCUGCUGGUUAGAAGUGUUGAGUCUGACAAUUUAUACCAAGUUAGACUCAAUGAUGAUUUACCAAAAUGUUCAUGUCCAGAUUGGAGAAAACAUCACUGGCCAUGUAAGCAUAUGCUGGCAGUCAUGAUGAACAUGCCAAACAAAGAUUGGAAUACACUGCCAGAGUACUACAAAGCAACCCCUCAUUUCAACAUUGAUUUUGGACUUCUGGAAACAAAUAGAACAGAAACACUGAUUGUUAACAAUGCAAGCAGCUCAAUGAAAGAUGAAUGCCAACAAGAUUCAACUGCUUGCAGAGAUAACACAGUAGAAAAUUCCUCUUCCAAAGCUCGAAACUUAUGUUUAGACAACAUUAAACAAAUUACAUCUAAUUUAUUUUGUAUUAAUAACAGCCAAUACCUAGAGGAGUUAAAUAAUAGACUGGCAGUGUUGGUAAAGGAAACGGAAAUGGAAGCACCUCAUCAAAAUGGUCUACGAUUAAAUUUGCCUGCUACCAAAAAGAAGACCAUAAGUAGAAAGCAGAAAAACAACCUUCAGCAAAAAAAAAGUAAGUUCCCCGUACAAUUUUUUUGGGAUAAAAUUAUGAUUAAAUUGUUGAUUUUAAUGAUCACCUAUCUAAAAUGUCAAGAACAGUUUGUAUUAAAAAGAUCUGCUAGGAAAAAAGCAAUUAAAAAGCAGUAA